AUAAAAUAUUUCUACCAUACUCAUUAUGGAAUUUAAAGUCGGGCUAUACUAUAGAAAAUCACGAAAUUAAGUACAAUUUCAGAUUGUGCAGCAGGAGGCAGUAGGGAGCAUUGGGCUGUUCGCGUGAGCUAACGCGCAGAGGAGACGAAGAAGAGUUCGGAGUUUCCGCGGCACUGUUUGUGUUUGAAUCGACAGUAGCAUCUAACUGAGCCUGGACUGCAAUGACUCUUGCAGUGGCGAUGGAGAAGAAACCAAACACAAUAAAGCAGACUGCUGCCAAGAUAAAGACAAAAAUUCACAACACAUCAUCAUUCUUCAAGCUCUCUUUGAAAACCAACAACAAGGCCCUUGCCUUGGCUCUGGUCGCUCAGAAGCAGAAAACCAGGCAGCUUGAGAUGGAAACGGUGCGUUUACAGAAAGAUCUGCAGAGCCUGAGCUUUGACCUUGCCAUCCAGCGACAUAAAAAUAAACAAAUGUUUACGGUUCUGCGGGAGUUCUACAAUACCUCCAUCAACUGCAUGGCCAAGGCAGUGGACCUUAUUUCCAAAGAAGAGGGUGUUGAGAGCUUGGACACAGAGAUCACUGAAGAUUCUUCUCAGACUGAGAGAGAUUUAACUGCAUUGUUCCCUGAGCAGAAAAAUAGAACCAGUCUGUCCAACUGUGGGCAACAGAAGAAUGUCCAGGGCCCUAGUGGAAAUGUGUCAAUGGUAAAUGAUGGUCAACCUCAGAGAUCUUCACCUAAAAGCAAGGAUAAGCCUCCCAGUCCAGAGGUGGACCAUACAGCACCUCAGAAUACUCUGUAUGACUCAGAGAUGGAGAUCACUGUAGUUGACAAUGUUGCUGAAAUUGUCACAGUUCAGACCAAGCCAAAGAAGAACUCUAAGGAUGAUCAGAGAAGAACUAGAGAAAACAGUGAGUCUAGUUCAGCAAGGAGUAGAGAGAGCAAUGUGCUUAAUUAUGAUGAAGCAGCAGUGGAGUCAUCUUGUCUAAAGGAUACAACUGUGAAUGCGUCUAUGCGAACAUCCUGCGAAACACAACUCCGUACAAGUACACACACUUUUGCUAGCAGCAAUGAAGAGGAGAGUUUGCCUCAGCGGAUGGAGCCUCCGUCUGAGGAGGAAGAAUCAGUCACUGCACGCAGAAAGACUCAUGUCACCUCUCGUUACACAAAAAACAACAGGCGACUGAAUUCCCAAAAACACAUUGCAGGAUAUACCGAUACAAGGCAAACUUAUGUAAUCUCUCCCCAUGAGUCCAGCUUUAUUUCCCCCAGUGAUGAUUUAGAUGAUUAUUUUAGUGACCAAGAAGUACAAAAUCAGAGAAGGGGCAAGGAAAUUUUAAAUGACUUUAAUGUAUCCAGAGACAAAGGCACUGAAAGUGAAGCUGAAAUGCUGAAACCCCAGAACAACAGUGCAAACAGCAGGAAAACAUAUGUAAUCCCACACAAGUCAAGACCACAGAGCAGGACGACUAAAGUUUCAUCUUUCAGUAUGGAUCAAAGUGUAAAGGAGAACGCUGAAUUAACUGAUGUUCACAAUGACGUCAGGGAAAUCUCGGUCCGCUCAGAAAAACGUCAAAGCAAGCAAUCAACUCGGCCACUCUCUCAGACGGAUGAAUGCAAUACACUGAGAAAUAGAGGAACAUAUGUGAUUCAUACAGGUCAGAUGUCUGCCUGCAGUGACCUCCUGAAUCAUACAUUAGACACUCAUGCGAAUGUCACAUCUGGGGAAACCGCAAAUGCAGUGACGUUGGAAAGCACACAUGAUGCACAGUGUACCUCAGGUAUGAUUGAGGGGCAGCAAUCAGAGCAAGAGGUGUCUCAAAUACCUGAAAACAGAAGUUUUUUAAAACACUCAAGGGCUGCCGGCGAUGAAAGUCUUUUAGAAAAUUCUCCAAUAGGGCGCACUAUAGCCCAGAAGCUCAAGACAGUGGUGAUGAAAGAAAGAAAGAAGAAUAUUGCAACAAGAGAACAUGCAUCAGGGAAGAGAAGAAAGCACAAGUCUAGCUCUACACAGAUUGGUGACAUUUUGCCAAAAGAAAUUCCAGUACCAGGUGACAAUAUAAAGAAAAACAGCACUUCCACUAAUGUGUUACAGGAUGUAACAGAAGGGUUAAAUUAUUCUGCUCUUGAGGAAGCCUUUAUGGAUGAGCAUGUAAUUGAGACUGAGGACACAAGCAGCACUCAUGUGAGACACUUUGACCACAAUGACGACUUGGAUACCGUUAAUGACAUUGGCGUAAAUAUGAAAGAUGUCAGUCCAAAGCAUCGCAAUAUUCAACACCACAAGAGCAAGUGCAGAGAAACUUAUUCUGUUUUGUCCAAUUUCACUUCACAGUUAGAGGGAAAGGAAAAUGUUCUGGUUUUCAGCAGCAAUGAAGAGAGUUUAACUGCAAAUAAAGAAAGUGAGAUUUCUUUUGUUACAGAUAGGACAUGUGUUCCUCAUCAUGACAGUGAUAGCCAGUCAACCCCAAGAAAAGCAGAGCAGCUUAGGCAGAAACACAGUGGAUUAUUCUCUGAGGACAGGCCACCAUGGGAAUCCCUUGAUUUUGGUUCCACUGGGAGUUUUACUUAUGACAAUCUUGACAGUCCUGUCACUAACCAGAAGGCUUCACAAGAGAUUUCAUCACGAACUAUGGACAUUUAUGAGGAACCUGGGUGGAACGUGUCACACCAAUCUCCAGAUGAGAGGGCAAUGAAGAGCUUAACAAACAGAGACUUGACAGGCAAUCCUUUAGGCCGAUCCCGCAGGAAGGCAGCUCCUGUGUCAUACAAGGAGCCACCUCUCAACUGCAAAAUGAGGCGUGGGGACAAGUUCUCGGAUACCAGAUUUUUAAGUUCUCCAGUGUUUAAAGACAAAAAGAAGAAAAAGUUUAAGAAAAACAUGGAGUAAACCACCUUACCCAUUGUGAAUAGAAUUUGUACACUUAACGUUAUACAGUUAGCCUUUUUUUUAAUGUUUUGAUUGUAUUUCCUUUUUUGUUUUUUAAUAUUUCAAAAUAUUUUUGCAUCAGCAUUUUUCUAAUUUAAAUGACUUCUCAUUACAGGGUAAUUCAGAGAAUCCUUUGUUUAAAUGGCCUAUGAAAUUCCAUCUCUCUAUUGGUUGCUAUGUUACUAAAGUACUGAAGUGACUGUCAAGUAGUGAAUGAAUAAUUCAGAUAGUGUUCACCUGAGACUUGUACUGUUGCUGCAGAAUAGUCUUUGUGCCUUAUAUAUAAUACACAGUAAGUGGUUAGAUUCUGCUUGUCUUUUGUUUUUUUUUUUUUUUACUUUUCUUGUAUGUGUUGAAUGUGUUCAGGAGCAUUUGGUGAGUUUGACUCUUUUAUUAUUUCAGUCGGAUUAAAAGACUUCACCUGUGAAGGUU